ACAGUACUUCAUUUUGGAUGGCAGAAGAGAACUGCAAUACUCUAAGGAAUGAAAACGAAAUACUAAAAUCUAAUUAUUCUAAGAGGGGCUGUGAAGAUGUUCUCUUCUUCGAAUGGUAACAAAAAACCAGUCCAACAGGUAUGCGAUAACACCAUUCCAAGUCCCUGGUUUAUAUAGCUGACUCGAGCCGCUAUUGUAGGAGAUGGUUCAGGUUGGUCAGUUUGAUCCCCCCCACACCUUUCUAUUUCGAAGCAUGCGCAAAGUUCUGCAAGUUCAAUUAUGCGUUUUCUACCUUUCUCACUUGGCUGAUAUCUAAUCCUGCAUUACAGAGCGUGCUGAGUACGUUCCCAGUCGAGAUCUCUUUGCGCCACGCCUAGCAGAGCUUCAAUUUGUGGUGUCGGAUUAUAAAUACCAAGGACUGACAUGAACAGAUCAUCAUCUCCUUUCUGGCGUGCUCGAACAGCAAGUGGACGCGCUGAUGCAUCGCCAAAGAAACAAAGUAGCGAGUCGGGAUCUGGACUUGUUGUGGGAGCUGGAUACUCUCAUGCUGACAUACUGAAGUUUGACAACUUGCACGUCUCACAACGCCUUCAUCUUGAGAAACGCCAGCUAACCUACGUUUAGGUCAUUAUCCAACACUUCGCGCCCCAGGACACCCCCAUCAGUUCCCUCGCAUAAACAUCGAAGCGAUACUCCUCCGCAACGAGGCCCGGCGACGUUGUCCCCACCACCUCGUAGAUCCUAUACAGAUUUCAUAUCACAUACGAAUAACGAUUGGGCCGCCGACGACGAAGAAGAAGAAGAGGAUGAAUACGGUUACGAGGAUGACGAUGGGGACGAUUUUGGCCUUCCGAGUAUAUCUAGCAAGAAGCGCAAAAAUCAAAGUCGACUGAAAAGUGCGUCAGCUGGUACCGCGCUUGAUGAAGGCAAUAUUUCUCCAUGGCGCUCUAGCUUUGGCGCGAAUGCAAUGGGAUCAGGAUCGCGAAGAAUGUCAAACAGUGCAGAUAUCGCGAUUGAAAGGCCUGCGCCAAGUUACCCGGUUGCGAAAAAGAGCGAAGGCAAGAUACUCCGGCCUCAAUACAAAGAAAUACUUCGAGAUCCGGCCAAUUCUCUACACCUGAUCGAUCACCCCCCAGUAACACCCAAUGCUACUUCAAAAGAAGUCGAAGCACACGGUGCUCGGAUAACAAGAAUAAAUAAAUUUAAGAAGAUAUUACAAGCUACCUCCAUUCCUUUGACCGAACUUAGAGAUGCUUCUUGGAACGGAAUACCAGAAGAAGUUCGCGCAAUGUCAUGGCAAUUGCUACUUGGGUACCUCCCUACUAGUAGCGAAAGACGUGUGGGCACAUUGGAACGGAAACGGAAGGAAUAUCUCGACGGGGUACGACAAGCUUUCGAGAAAGGUGGCACCAGUUCUGCCUCGACUGGUAAAGCUAGGGGGCUCGACGAAGCAAUUUGGCACCAAAUCAGUAUUGAUGUACCAAGAACUAAUCCACAUUUAGAGCUUUACAGUUAUGAAGCCACGCAGCGAUCCUUAGAACGAAUACUUUACGUAUGGGCAAUACGUCAUCCUGCUAGUGGUUAUGUGCAAGGCAUCAACGAUCUUGUGACUCCAUUCUGGCAAGUUUUCCUAGCUACCUAUAUCGCAGAUUCGGACGUAGAGAGUGGUAUGGACCCAGGGCAGCUUCCCAAACCAGUAUUAGAUGCAGUUGAAGCAGAUUCCUUUUGGUGUUUAACGAAGCUUUUGGAUGGCAUUCAGGACAAUUAUAUUUUUGCGCAGCCAGGGAUCCAACGUCAGGUGGCGUCGCUCCGGGAUUUAACCGCAAGGAUCGAUGAGCCUCUAGCUAAGCAUCUUCAAGCAGAAGGUGUUGAGUUUAUACAGUUUAGCUUUCGGUGGAUGAAUUGUCUCUUAAUGCGAGAGAUCAGUGUUCAGAAUACUAUUAGGAUGUGGGACACUUAUCUGGUCAGUAGCAAACACAUUCUUUCUUUCCACUACUAACGCGAAUUUUUAGGCCGAAGAGCAAGGCUUUUCAGAAUUUCAUCUAUAUGUGUGCCUCGCAUUUCUCGUGAAAUGGUCGUCUAAAUUAUUGAAAAUGGACUUCCAAGAAAUCAUGAUGUUUCUUCAGGCGCUACCGACUCGAAAUUGGACGGAAACUGAUAUAAACAUGCUUCUGGGAGAAGCAUUCGUAUGGCAAUCACUUUUCAAAGGCUCUUCAUCACAUUUACGUGGUAGCAGUAGUACUACGCCAUCGAGUGCUGCUUUUUAAAGACUCUUUAUUACGAAUAUCUUUACUAUUCGAUACCAUUAACAGAUGAUUGGGAUUCAGGCUACAGGAUAUGGCGUCAUUGGCGAAUGGGACAUUAAAGAUUCAACAGUCGAGCGUAUAUAACGACAGGGCCACACAGCUUUGGGAACUUGCGGAGGGAUGGACAUGCCUGUUGAGCCUUUGAUAUUCAGGAGAGGAGAUCUAAGGCUGAGCUUAGACAGUCAGGCGGCCAUUGUAGAACCUCGGGAUCGCAAGUGCGUGUCGCCUAGGCUAGUGGCUAUUAUCUGUACGUAACUAUUGAACUAGGUAGGCAAAAUCCAGAGGCUAGGAAAUGAAAAUAUAUGCAUUCACGUGCAUGU